GGCUGCGGCAGGGCUGCACCUGCCAGAGCCCGGCUGUGCCCUGCGUAUGUGCGUGCGUCGGGAGCUGCAUCCCGCCGGGGCUGGAGUAGUACUUUGCUUCCCCGCCCCGUAGAGCUGCGGAGUUGACAUCAGCAGUCUUUCGCCGUCUCGACUGCAGCGGGGAUGCUGAUAAAUACACGCGCUUCUCCCCUAGCGAGGUACCUGAUAGUUUGAAGUAAAUACACCCAGCUGUAUUCUGUGGCACUGAACUACAGUUAUUCCAGGAAUGAUUCUGAUUCUGCAGCUGCUUAUGAUUGCAGUCUGAAGGCCUGCAGCGUGUCAGAGAGCAUCAGCCAGGACACAGGGGCAUUCAGUAGCCAGAAAAAUGAAUGGCUUUUUCGAGGAAGAAACAAAGAGGAAACCUUUGUGUCUCAUGUAGUUGGAAGGCAGAGCAAUACAACUUUGACACUUGGUUAACUUAAAGGAACAUUUUUUGAAAUACCUCUUACUGUGAAUCUUGUAAUUCAGACCCAGAAGUGCCUUUGGACCUGUGCAGAUAAUUCACUGGAAGAAUUGAUCAGACAAAGCACUCACUGAAAGUGUCACUGAGGAAUCAUGGCGAAGCACUUGGAGAUCAUCAAUCUGUCAUUUUUGUUGGAACAUGAAAAGGAGAUGAUACUGGGAGUAUUGAAGAGAGAUGAAUAUCUGAAAAAAGUUGAAGAUAAAAGGAUAAGGAAGUUGAAAAAUGAGCUUCUGGAAGUGAAGAGGAAAGGUGGAAGCCGACACUGCCAACAGGACAACAGCAGGGUCUGCGUUCGCUGUCAGAAAGGACUGGGCUUUAUCUUUGACAGAGGAGACCUGUGCCAGACCUGCAAACUUAGAGUCUGCAAUAAGUGUCGUGCAGUGGGAACUGAUGGGCAGUGGAAGUGCUCAGUGUGCGCCAAGAUUGCACAACUAAGGAUAGUGACAGGAGAAUGGUUCUUUGAAGAGAGAGCAAAGCGCUUCAAACAAUCAAAUCUUGGAACCGAUGUUGUCAGACAGUCCAUCCUGCGCAAGUCUCCAGAUACAAUUUCCAGUAAGGAUGAAGAAAGAACAUUCAAAGAUCAACACCAAGAGAAUGAAGAAAAAGAAAUAUCAACCUGCUCCCUAACUGGACAUAAAUCAAUCUUUGGCAAACCUAGAAAGAUAGGGAAGAUAAUCAGGGCAGCUACCAAAGGAGAAAUCACAGUUGCAAAAGAUGAAGGUGGAAGGAGCAUAGGCUCUGAAGCUGAAAGCCAAAGCCUGCACAGUAGCAAGUCAACACCUUGUUCUGAGAGAGGAAGCACUCUUUCCCUGAACAGCAGCGAUACAGAAGCAGCUGCAGGCCGUCUGAGAGGGGCCAUGGGCCCUGCAAACAGAAGCAGUACUUCCAUAGCUUCCCUCCCGAGGUCACCGGCACUGAGCACAUGCAGCAUGACUGCAGAUUAUAGCAGGGACACUGACUCAGAAAAUGGCAUGAUUAUUCCAGCAAGUGAAAGUGUACCUGAAGAUUUAGUAAAGAAGCACCGUAGGAAAGCAUCUGGAACACCUUCCAUUGCAGUUUCUAGAGUAUCUUUGUCAUCAGACCGUAGCCGAUCUGAGAUAGAUUUGAGUGAAUCUUUCUCUGAAGGAAAACAGGAGACCUUGAGCAUAAGAAGCAAAUCUGUACCUAGCGCCUUAGAUGAGGAGCUGGAUUCUCUGGAUGAAGAAGAAGAUAUUGAUGACAUCGUGGCCUCUCGUUAUUCAAGGAAACGUGGACAUCUGACAAGUGGAUUAUCAAGAACCAGCAUUAACAGCAUGCUGAGCGUAUACAGUGAAACUGGUGACUAUAGCAACGUGAAGGUCAGUGGUGAAAUCCUUCUGCAAAUCAACUACAGCUACAAAACAGGUGCUCUCAACAUCCUGGUGAAGAGUUGCAGAAACCUGGCCAUUGUGGAUGAGAAAAAACAAAGGACUGAUCCAUACGUCAAGGCAUACCUUCUGCCUGAUAAGUCCCGCCAAAGUAAACGCAAGACCAAAAUUAAGAGUAACAGCACCAAUCCAGAAUUUAAUGAAACGCUGAAGUAUGUCAUCAGUCAUACGCAGCUAGAAACCAGGACCCUGCAGCUUUCAGUCUGGCACUAUGACAGAUUUGGACGCAACAGCUUUCUUGGAGAAGUGGAAAUUCCAUUUGAUUCCUGGAACUUUGAAAAUCAGGGCGAUGAGUGGUUUGUGCUUCAGCCCAAGGUGGAGGUUGCAACAGAUGUUGGGCUUCAGUAUAAAGGAGAACUGACAGUUGUUUUACGUUACAUUCCCCCAGAGAUAAACUUGAUGCUUCCUCUAGGGCAGUUUCAAGGAAAGAAGAGCUUUAAGAAAGGAAAAAAGGGAGAGAAUCACCCACUCUCUGGAGGUAUAUUAGAAGUCAUCAUCAAAGAAGCUAAGAAUUUAACAGCAGUGAAAUCAGGAGGCACAUCAGACACGUUUGUGAAAGGGUAUCUACUCCCAGAUGAUAACAAAGCUACAAAACACAAGACUCCCAUAAUAAAGAAGAAUGUGAACCCCCAGUGGAAUCAUACGUUUGCUUUCAGUGGCUUGAAUUCACGGGAUAUACAUAAUGUCUGCUUAGAAUUGACUGUGUGGGACAAGGAGUCACUUUCAAGUAAUAUUUUUCUGGGAGGAGUUCGUUUGAGUACUGGAAGCGGCAUAAGUAAUGGCAAGGAGGUUGACUGGAUGGACUCACAAGGAGAAGAGCAGCUUCUCUGGCAGAAGAUGAUUGACAGUCCUGGAACUUCUGUGGAGGGGAUAUUAAUGUUGAGAUCCAGCAUGGGAAAACGUAGACUCUGAAAGACUCUCUACUACUGAGGGGUAGCACAAGUCCUUAUUUCAGUUGUGUGCAGCUCUUGUCACUUUGCCCAUUUGAAAAUGGGUAAGGGUUGUACUCUUUGCCUUGGAUAUUAAGGCUUUAUGUGAAAUUUUAAUACAUUCUGCACUUUCAUGCACUCAUUUUUAACCCAGACUUCUUGAACAGAUUAUGUUUUUCCUGCAACCUGUGAGAAUGUGACCUCCUACAGAGAUUGGACUGGCUUUCUUUGUCCCUUCUGGUGGCUGGUUGUGUACAGCUGAUAAACAUUGCUGGCAGGGGACAUGGAGCAAGCAAAUUCUCUGAGUAGCCAUUUAGGAUGUAAAGUGUGUUUUACAUAUCUCCUUUUGGGUCAAAGAUGGCCUAGAAGACGAGAGCGAUUCAGUACAUGCAGAUUCCGAAUGAAUCUGUGCUUCGUUAUUUGAAAGACUAGAAGCCAUAAUGUUUGGAAGUCUAACAUUUAUUUUUUAUGUUUGCUCAUUGGACUGUGCACUGUGCAGGAUGGCAGGCAUGGAACCAAGUAGCUCACUAAGGCCAAUUCACUGGCCAGCUGCACAAUGGAAAUAGUCAGCAGAUGAAGGAGUCUGAAGUGCCUGUGUUCAGGCGUUCUCUUGGUUAUUUAGUGCACUGUAUGAGAAGUAGACUUGGCUCAGUGUGAUCAAAGAGUCUCUAAUGAAAAUAAAUUAUAACAAAUCCUAAAGAAUUUUCAGAACUGUGUGAUAUUACCACAUUUUUCAUUUCAGUUGACAGCUCUAUCUAAGAUCUUUCAAUGUCAUUGAACAAAAGGAAUUACAUGCCUGUCCCACUUGAUGAGUCAGUGAGGUGAGACACAUUCUGGUUUGUGCCAUAGCUAAGACCUUGGCUCAGCAGGGUGUGUAGUAAAGUAACAGGAUUAAUGCAUGUUCCAGGAUGCUUUGCACAACUGUGGAAUUUUUUCAGAAUGGGCUGGGAUCCUGUUCAAGUUUGCCCAUGCAUGUUAUUUAUUAAACAGAGCAGGAUUUUUCUCCUCAGCUGUCCUCCAAACGUUAGCAGUAGAUUUAAUAAGAGUGGAUUUUGACUGAUUCAGUCAUUAAUCUUCCUUACCACAAACGUUUGCCAUUUGGUUUCCUAAAGUGAUCUUUAUAACUGCUUAGGUCUGCCGUGCUUUGGAGACUUGCAGGUUGUAAGUGAAGAGAUGCUGUUUUGUAUCAGUGUGGGCUACCACAGCAUUACAAACAGUAGUAGUAACAUAAUAAGAUAGAAUUAUAAUCUUUUUCAAGGACAGAAAAUGUCUGUUUGCAAGAUUGGAUAUUAAUAUAAUUGCAUGGCUUGUAAUUGCUCAGGGUGUGAAACAGAGGAAGACAAGUAAACUGAAUGAGCAACAUUUCAUUUGGAUCUCUCAGAAUUGGAUCAUAGCUUCCUAUUUGAACUAUUUGUAAUCAGUCUCUAAGUACAUUUCUUAUGUAUUUUUCCCCAAAUACCUUAUUUUGGAAACAGUAUCAUAUUAGCACUAAGGAAACAAAUUUGAAUAUUGGGAAACAUAAUCCCUACAUAAAGUAUCUAGGGGAAAAAAAAAAGCUUUCAGAAGAUGUGUCUUUCUCUGCAGGUCAAAGCACCAGUAUUCAAAGAUUUCUGUGAAGAAGGCCAUAAAAUCUAAUUGGUGAGAGAGAAGGAAAUACUGUUCCUCACAGAGUAAAAGUUGCAGGAAAUCUAGAUUGAACUGACUAGAAAACUGAUAGCUAAGUAUAGAUUAAAAUUUUUUCAUCUGUAGCAGUCCUGGUUAGUCACCUAAGUCACCUAAAAUUCUGAUGUGAAUUUAAGCAGUCAUUGGAAGUAAUACCUUUUCUCAGUUUGAGACCCUAGUUUUCAGAAAUUACUGAGUCAUCUUUAAAAAUGGAGUUUGCAUUUAAGAAUUCCAUGUUGGGAAUCAAAUGUCAAUGUUUUCUUGAAGCUUGUUCAAGAAAACCAGCUUCAUUUUCCUUCUUCAGCUGUUCAUUUCCUUCUGCAGUCCUGCUCAAACUGGACAAUGAAGCAAGCUCAGUGCAGCUUUAAUCUGCUUUUCAUCUUAUGCAGCAGGUGCUGCAAGCUGAUAAAGUAGAGCACAAAUAUCAAGCACGCACAUUUUAUGAUCUUCCUUUUAUCAUUAUAGUCUUCUUUUCAAAAUUAGAUUUUUUUGUAUCUGCAUCCUCAAAGGGAAGUAAAAACUUGCCUUUGGCACCAAAAUUGCCUUCUAUUUAUUGCUCUGCAAGCCAGCUGAUGUGGGAGCACAAGUUUGAUUUUUCAUUUGCUGGAAGUUGGCUUAAGAAGAUAAAUCUUGUUAAAUCUAAUGAUUCUUCAGGAUAAAAUUGCAGGUAGGGUUAUUGGGGAACAGUGGGCAGACUGAUGGGGUUGUUUCUGUUUCAUUUUGGUGUUGGAAAUAGAAAAAUAAUGACACAAAAAAUAUACCAAGAUGGACCCCAAAAUUGAAACCUUUAUCCCUCACCAAAUUGAAAACCCUAAAAUAUUUGGAAACUGAGCUAAAUCUUUUACUUAAAAUGGAGUAUAAGAUGGAGUGUAAGCAUUUAUGUAAUUUUGAAGGGUAUUUUCUAAGAAGUGCUAGCAUUGUAUCUAAAUCUAGUCUUGCUUUGAAUUGAAGUCUGUGUUUUACUACUUCGGCUUCUACCAGCUUCCCUCCCAUUUUUAGGACCUGUGUUAGAGUAUGAGAUAAAUAGAUUCAUCUGGAAAGCAUCACCUGUCUCCUAUAGCUUUUGGAAGGGACAGAAUUUCACUCUGAGCCUCUACCUGAAAACAUAGGCCAGGCUAAGAAUAGUCUCUAGAUGUCAACUGCAGUUCAGUCUAUGAAGGGAACAAUUUCAAGUGGGAAUUUAAUUCAGCCAAGGCAGAGAGUGUUGUGGGCCAUUGAUGGGAUUUGGAGUAGUGCAGUGAAAUUACCUCCUAGGUUAGCAGUGGUGAUUGUGCAUUACGGUAGCAUACAGGGCAUAUCAUGCUCUGCCUCAAAUGAGCUUCAGAAAAAUGAGUCAUCAGUAUAGACAUUGGAGCAAUUUGGCUGUUCUGUGAUGUUAUCGACAGGUUUGUUGAAAGCAUUUAUUUGUGGAAAAUGUCACAUUUAAUUAUCGCUGUUAUAUCCUCUUUCUCUUCCUUUGCAAAAAUGAUUUAUGGUUUGGAAAAAGCACGAGAUGAUUAACUGCAGAUGUGAUUUCUUGUUUCUGAAAUAUUGGCGCAAAUAGCCUAUGACUGUGUGUCAUCACAUAUCGUGCUUUACUAGGCUGAGCAGAAAUAGAGAAAGUUAGAGCCAGUUAAAGCAUUCUAUAUGUAUAAAUGUUUGUGAUAUUGAGGUGCAUGGGUGGUUUAUCUAAGACCAGUUUUUGGGAAAACAGAGUCAGUUUUGACACUGAUUCAUUAACUCCUAUCUUGAUUAAUCAGACACAGGAGAGCUGAUGUUUUAAAAAUAUUUCUCCAUGCAGACUUGAAUAACUAAAGAUGCUGCAGUGAAGAAGAGAUUUCACUACAGUAUUUUUUGUAGAUAUGAUUCUACUAGUGGUGUAACAACAAGGCUUUCAUCACUGUCUUUCCCCCCUUGAUACUUGAUUCUGACAACAUAAUUUGACCCAUUAAGGCAAAAUAAAAGUACAACUUGAGCUGUAAAACUUCAUGUGAAGACAGUAAAUACAUCCCUAGAUAGUGUGGUUAUUGCCAGUAUCUAUCAGGAAGAGCUGAUGCUGAGGGCUGUCCAAGCCCUGCCAUCAGACUUGAUUAUCCAGACCUGUUCUCUGGAUGUUUCUCUGCUCAACUUAUUAGUUACGUGGGGACUUCAGGCUUCUAAAAGUCAGUGAUCUUGCUUGCAUGUUUAGAUGCUAAAACCAGUUCAGAUGGCCUCUCUUUCUCCUCCAUCUCUGUCACAUUACUAUCUUCCUGUGCUAAUCCAAGUGCCAUUGCCUACCUUCAAUGCCUUUUAGAUAACACAUUUUGACAUUUCUCUCCCAGCUGGAUGCUUGGCAGUUGGUUUACGAGAGAAAGCAAUGGGAUAGUGAGUAUGCUUUGAUCAAAAUGCAUUAGACUGGAAACUUAAUGUUCUUUGUCUCCUCCAAUAGAGAUUUAGCUAGGGUAGCAUAAGAGAAAUCAUAGAAUCAUGGAAAUUGAAAAAGACCUUCAAACAUUGUUCAACCAUUAGCCGAAUCUGCUGAGUCCUAUCACUAAACCAGGUCCCUUUGUGCCACAUUCGUGUCUCUUCAGUACCCCCAGAGAUGGGAAAUAAGCAUUUUGAAGUAUUGUGGUUGAUAUUUUCUUUUCCCUCCUGGUUAGGCCCUGUGAGGUACAAGUAGGCAAAGUUGUAUUCUGCAAAAUGUGAACUAAAUUGCAGCAGCAGAGCAGCCAUUGAGCAUCCACUGAUGAGGUCAUAUGAGGGAAGCAUAGAGGCUGGCUUUGUUCUGGCUUCACAAGGGGUAUGCACGUUGGCCAACUUCAGGCAUGUAAAGCUUGUGAUUUGCUCUAGAGUCAAUGAAAAUAAAGUCUGAGUCUUGUUUCCAUGACUGUCAAGUCUGUUGUUUCACACAGGGAAGUAAGGAUUAUACCUGAAUCUUUGCGGGAUCUCUUCCCUCCAUCCUUCCUUUCAGUUCAGCAGCCUCCACCAGGAAACUGUUCAAGUUUUUGUCAAGUUUGUCCAACUAUGACCCCAUGUUCCACCUCAGCAUUAAUCUCUGGUACCCAGAAGGAGGCAGUGUGCAGUAGUUAAGGAAUAGUUUACGAUGGCUAGGUGAGGUAAAAACUGAAAUUGCCCUUUCCUAACAUGCAGUAUUGAUUUUCAACAAUGACAGAAAUAGCUGUCUCUUGAGAGGUGGUAUGUGCACUUUGUAAACUCUCUAUUUUUUUUCUUUUGAUACAGUUUUUGAAGAUGGUUAUUAUUUAUUUUUAUGUGUAGAAAUAUCAAUGUUGGAGGAACUUAAGAGAAAUGAUGGUAAGAACAUGUGAUUAAAUCCAAAAUUGGAUGCAGAGUUUUAUUUGCAGAGAUGUUUCUUACCUUAACUCAGUAUGAGGCACUGGGAAUCAUGCUUGUAGAGCCUUACCACUACAUCCUGUGAAUUUCCUGCCUGGUGAUUUCGUGUUUGCAGAUGCUGUUUGAUAAGUGAUAAUAAGACAGUAUUAAUUAUACUGUGUAUAACUGUUAUACUGGAAAGGGAAUCUCAACUUGCUUUCAUAGGUGUUCCUUAGGUUGCUUUUGAGACUCACCCUUGCUGCAUCACGGCCCUUUAUGUAGGAUCGCUAUUUCAGCAAUUCUACUCUGUGGCAACAACCUACCUACGGCUUUGCACUACUGCUCUUGAGAGCUGCCUGUGUGUUUUUGAGGGUUGCUUUAAUUGCUGGGGUUUGCUUAAGGCCAAAUGUAGUCCUUCGAUGCAGUGAAUUGAGAAUGCCACAUAUCCCUCUUGCCACCUUUAUUCUGAUUAAAAAUCUGUUGCACGCUGUUGGUUUGGUUAUUCUGCUGGAUAUUAACAGUAGUAGCAGUAAGUGGCAUUGCAGUAUGUUAAGUUCUGUCCAAAUUUAGAUGAAGCAUUUCCUGCCCAGAACAUUUUUGUACUGUGCACUGUAUGUUCAGUUUUGUGGACAAAAGUGGCUGGUAAUACAUUUGCAGCAGUUGUCAAGAGUAUUGUUCUGUCUUUUAAAA